AUGGAUGAAAAUGGAUCUCUUUAUGUCGUUGACGAGGGAAGACAUGACGUGAGACGAUAUCGAAGAGGAGAAUCUCAAGGAAUAGUGGUUGCAGGCGGCAACGGACGUGGAAAUCGUCUCCAUCAACUCAAUUGGCCAUGUUACGUAUUCGUCAAUCAAGAUCAUUCAGUGUAUGUGUCUGAUUGUGGAAAUCAUCGUGUGAUGAAAUGGAUGGAAGGUGAAAAACAAGGCAUUGUCGUAGCUGGUGGUCAAGGAGAAGGAAAUGAUCUUACACAAUUGUCACAUCCUCAAGGAGUCGUUGUCGAUCAAUUGGGUACUGUCUAUGUAAGUGAACUUGGGAAUAAUCGAAUUAUGCGUUGGCCCAAAGGAGCCACACAGGGAACUGUCAUUGUUGGUGGAAACGGUCAAGGAGAACAAUCAAACCAACUCAAUAUGCCCUUCGGUUUGUCAUUCGAUCGACACGGUAAUUUCUAUGUCGCCGACUUCGGAAAUCAUCGAGUACAAAAAUUUAAUAUCGAUUCAAAUGCAUAA